CUAUGGCUCCACCAUAAACAAAAAAGCCUCUGUCUGGAUUUCUAAUGUAACUUAGCAACUUGAGGGUUGGGCAAAGAACUCUGCAACACAGAUUUGUUUUGACAACAGACACGCUUCCACAGCAAACAUGGACAAUAAUUAAAUAAACCCAUCUACAAAGUGUUUUUAAAAUGGCAGACCCAGCGGUUGACCAAAUGACAAGACUCAGAUUGAAAAUGUUGGAAAAGAGACUGGAGAAUGAGAGAAAUGACAACAUUGAACGAGAAGGUUCAGCCUUUUCCACAAGAAGUUAUGAUGGGCAGGCAGAUGCAUUACACGGCGCUCUGAGACGGAAGAGAAACCUCCUACAGAGACUGAGGGAACAGCAUAUGAUGGAGGAUCUGGGAAGACCUCACACAUGGGGUGGAUCUCGUAGGCAAUAUCAUUAUCAACCUCUUCUUGGGCCACUGCAGCCUGUGCCUCCUAUACAUAUCCACCAAACUGCACCACCUGCUCCUCUUCCUCCUCUUGCCCCUCAGCCCCCUCAAAUCAUUCAACACACCGUUCCUCAACAGCCAGCCACCAUUAUCCAGCAGUUACCACAGCAACAGCCUCUCAUAGCACAAUUCCCACCUCCACAAACCUUUCCCUACAGAUCAGGAAGUAUUAAAGAAGACAUGGUGGAGUUGAUGCUAAUGCAGAAUGCACAGAUGCACCAGAUCAUCAUGCACAAUAUGAUGCUGAAGGCUCUUCCGCCAAUGGCCAUGUACCCAGGAGGAAGCAACAGUCAAAUCACACCUCUAGCCUCACAUUCAGCAGGGCAGGACCUUCAACAUUCAACAACGAGGGGAGGGGUUGUCCAUCAUCACCAUCACUACGGCUCCCAUGUACCACCUCUUCCUCCAAUUGGCUACUCUUUUUGGCCCUCUUUGAUGCCAGCAGGACAAGCGGGGACUCAUCAGCCAACAGUGCAGCCUGUGAUUGGUCCUGUAAAUCUGCCCCCCUUAAACACAAUGGGAAUUGAUGCGGUGAACUCCAGGACUCCACUUGGACUCUGAAAUAAACAUACGAAAAAUUGCCAAGGGCAGACAGAUCCCUCUUCAUCUUCAAAGACAGAAGAUACAUUGAAAUGGAUGUCUGACAUUAAUUUACAAAUUUCUAUACAGUUACAUCAUUUUGUUAUUUAUAGGGAUUUGUUGUAAGUUUUAUUUUUGUUGUACUGACUGAAGGAUUAAAUAUUAUAAUAAUAAAAAUUAGUGAUAUUUCAAAAUGAGUGCUCAGUUUAAUAAAAAUGUUUUUAAAAAGUCACGUGUGUAGCUGUCGUGGCUGGUUUGCCAUACUAUUGUACAGCAGACCCUUUUAAAAUUUACAUUUCAUGUCUUUGCAGUGUAGUGACCUGUCAUGCUAUAUUUAAAUAGACAAUACAUUUUGUAAUGCUUAGUAAUUACUUGUAAUUGUCUUGCGCAAUAUAAAGCUUAGCUGAAGCUAAGACUGAGAAUAUGUAAUGUCAUGUUGUUUAAAAUACUUUACAUGCCUUUUCCGUGAAAAAACAUAGAACAUUCAAUAAGUAAAACAAGCAUACCCACUCGACAUUUCUUACGCUUUGAGACACGUGAUCUUCAGUUGCGCGUCUGAUUGGUUGCAUUAUUUGUCCCGCCAAAUAUUUAGCUGUAAAACUAAUCACCUUACUCAUAUACCAACAAUUCA